AUGGUCGUCAAGGUCGGCAUCAACGGUUUCGGCCGCAUUGGUCGUAUUGUCUUCCGCAAUGCCAUCGAGCACAAGGACAUCGACAUCGUCGCUGUGAACGAUCCCUUCAUUGAGCCACACUACGCUGCGUACAUGCUCAAGUAUGACAGCACCCACGGCGUAUUCAAGGGUGACAUCGAGGUCUCCGGCAAGGACUUGAAGAUCAAUGGCAAGACCGUCACCUUCUACACCGAGAAGGACCCCGCCAGCAUCCCAUGGAGCGACACCGGCGCCUACUACGUCGUCGAGUCCACCGGUGUCUUCACCACCACCGAGAAGGCCUCCGCCCACUUGAAGGGUGGCGCCAAGAAGGUCGUUAUCUCCGCUCCAUCCGCCGACGCACCAAUGUACGUCAUGGGUGUGAACGAGAAGACCUACGAGGGCAAGGACAACGUCGUCUCCAACGCUUCGUGCACAACCAACUGCUUGGCUCCUCUCGCCAAGGUCAUCCACGACAAGUACACCAUCAUUGAGGGCCUGAUGACCACCAUCCACUCUUACACCGCUACCCAGAAGACUGUCGAUGGUCCCUCCGGCAAGGACUGGCGUGGUGGCCGUGCUGCGGCGCAGAACAUCAUUCCUUCUUCCACUGGUGCUGCCAAGGCUGUCGGCAAGGUUAUCCCAGACCUCAACGGCAAGCUUACCGGCAUGUCCAUGCGUGUCCCGACCAGCAAUGUCUCUGUUGUUGACUUGACCUGCCGCAUCGAGACUGGUGCCACGUACGAUGAGAUCAAGGAGACCAUGAAGGCUGCCGCCAACGGCGAGAUGAAGGGCAUACUCGCCUACACCGAGGACGAAAUCGUCUCCUCUGACCUCAACGGCAAUGAGCACAGCUCCAUCUUCGACGCCAAGGCCGGUAUUAGCUUGAACAAGAACUUCGUCAAGUUGGUCAGCUGGUACGACAACGAGUGGGGUUACUCCCGCCGUGUCCUUGAUCUCCUCAGCUACAUGGCCAAGGUUGAUGGUGCGCACUAA